AUGCUCUUGUCUUGGCUUUUAUUAGCGCUAGGAUGGUCCUCUGGUCUGGCUUUGGAGUUUUCACUCAGACAUGUGCACCACGCGCAUCCCGAGACGGGACGAAUCCUUUGGAACGACGUUGAUCCUAUUUCUCACAUCUCUGGCUAUGAGACCGAGUACACACACACGAUCGAGACUAGACAUCUUACCGUUCAGAAACCCGCCUCGUUUGAAAGAUGGAGCGAGUGGAGGACCAAGCGCCGACGGGUGCCUAGCACACUGUAUUCCCCGUUGCAUACGCCCGACUGGAAGUCCUAUGAAACGAUCGGCCCGGCGACGGAUAAACGAGAGACGUUGCUCGCUCUGGCUAAAAUGACAAAUAACGCUUAUUUCAAGGAUAGUGCCCUUGUUGGGUGGUAUGAUCUGGGCGGGAACUGGACCAACGACCACAGUAUAGGCUACGACCCGUCCACAUCCGGAUUCCGGGGCCACGUCUUUCUCUCCUCGGACAACCAAACCGUCGUGCUCUCGAUCAAGGGCACGUCCGCGAUCGUAUUCGGCGGGAGCGCGACGGUCGUGCAGGAUAAACUCAACGACAACUUUCUUGGAGGGAGUCUUGCUUCGCUCAUGGGAGCGACGUUUGGUGCGCCUGUUGUGGCUUUCGAGGCGCCUGGUGAAAAGAUGGCUGCUCAGAGACUACAUUUACCUAUUUCUAACGACUUGUCGUAUAUUACGCAUGUGUAUAAUACGGCCGAUCCUAUUCCUGCGGGAGCAUGUACCGGUCCGGCCUCGAUUUGUUAUCAAGGCGGAUAUGCUCUUGAAACGAGAUGCCAUCUCGGGACAACCAUCGUAUACGACACGUUGAGUCAACUACACUGGUCAUCCAACAUCCGCGCGCACUUUAUAAACACAAUCAUCGACCAACUGCUGGACGAGGACUGGAGUACCAAGGUCAAAAGGUCAAGAAAGUCGAAGUUUCCUUGGCCGUGGGUUGGUGCUGCCCCGGACGAAGACGAGGACGGCGAAAAGGUGAUUGAAGUUCCAAAGCCUGCGCCCGAAGUCGACUGUGUGGAAUGUUUUAAUUGGGAGUAUGGGGAUUUUCCAGAGGUGUGA